AACUCACCAGAAGAGAAUGACUCCGAGAAACAGCUCCUCAGUGACUGAGUUUAUCCUUGUGGGAUUAACAGAACAAUCGGAGCUCCAGCUCCCCCUCUUCCUCUUGUUCUUAGGGCUCUAUGUAUUCACGGUGGUGGGCAACUUGGGCUUGAUCACCUUAAUUGGGCUGAAUUCUAGCCUUCACACCCCCAUGUAUUUUUUCCUCUCCAACUUGUCCUUUAUAGAUCUCUCUUAUUCCUGCGUGUUUACCCCCAAAAUGCUGAGCGAUUUUCUGUCAAAAAGCAUCAUCUCUUAUGUGGGAUGCAUGACCCAGCUAUUUUUCUUCUGUUUCUUUGUCAAUUCUGAGUGCUACGUGUUGGUAUCGAUGGCCUACGAUCGCUAUGUGGCUAUCUGCAACCCUCUGCUGUACUCGGUCACCAUGUCACCCAGGGUCUGCUCUCUGCUCAUGCUUGGCUCAUAUGUGAUAGGGUUGGCCGGGGCCAUGGCCCACACUGGAAGCAUGCUGAGACUGACCUUCUGUGAUUCCAACACCCUUGACCACUACCUGUGUGAAGUUCUCCCCCUCUUGCGGCUGUCCUGCACCAGCACCCGUGUCAAUGAGCUGGUGUUUUUCAUUGUCGUUGGGGUGAUCAUCACAGUAUCCAGCAUCAGCAUUUUUGUCUCUUAUGCUUUGAUACUCUCCAACAUCCUCCGCAUGCCUUCCGCUGAGAACAGAUCCAAAGCCUUCAGCACGUGCGGCUCCCACGUAAUUACCGUUGCUCUGUUUUUUGGGUCAGGUGCAUUCACUUAUUUGACAACUUCUCUUCCUGGCUCUGUGGACCAGGGCAGAUUUGCCUCAGUCUUUUACACCAACGUGGUUCCCAUGCUUAACCCUUUGAUCUACAGUUUGAGGAAUAAGGAUGUUAAACUUGCCCUGGGUAAAACCCUGAAGAAAGUGCUUUUCUGAUGGAUCUCUGCGUCAUCUGUGGUUAAUUG